AGGAGUUGCGUCACUGCUGUCAGGUCAAAGGCCAUUUGACUUGCCUCUCCGGCUGUUGAAGUCUCCGUUGAAGCAGGGAUUGUCUGUCCAGAUCUUUUGAAUAUUACCUUUGGAGUUCCGGAAGAUUGAUUCUCUGAGCUUAUAGACAUUACAUUUGUUACACUGAUCUUCAAGUUAGAAGAAGAGUAGGCUACAGCAAUUCUUUGAAUUCAUCUGCAGGCAAGUAAAACUGCCAUCAUUUUGGCUUUGGAUCUGCCAUAUAUUUAAAAGGAAAAGAGGAAAUAUAUCUAUGAAAAGACAAUUAAACAAUGAUUUCAAGCAACAUUUUGAUUUCCUUGGAGAGAACUAAACCAAUAGCAGUAUUUCUGCUCUUUCAGUCAUGCUGCAAUCAUUAACUAUUGAUGCAUUCCAGAGCGUUUUAUCUAGACUACUGUACGGUACAAUCAGGUCUGGACAUCACUGCGUUCUCAGGCAAAACUACAAGAAUGCACAAUGAUGUACAUUGUAUAACCGAACAUGGUUUUGAAAUGUUUGAACACUGGUCUGAGAAGCUUUGAAAGGGGAAAUGUUCAUUAAACGUCCAGAUGCUUUUAGUAUUUGCAGGAAGACUGAAACUUUCAAGUGAGUAAAAGUAUUUUUGAAGAUGCAUAAAAAAAUAGAACCAAUUUAAGAACCAAUUACACUCAAAGUUAGAUUGUUGUCAACUCUUGGACACUCCAAUAUGGUUGACGUGACUACCGAGUCAAACAGUUCCAGUCUUGGACCGAGUGAUGUUGAGCGAGUGUUGGUACCCAUAUUUGACAGCUUUAUCCUGGCGACCGGGAUGGUGGGACACAUCCUGGUUCUCAUCAUCAUCAGUCGUACGAUGCGGCGAGGACGUGAAGGAAGGACAGGAGGACUCCAGCAAACAAAUGCAAACGGCACAGAUGUUCUUCUUCUGUCAUUGAGUGUGGCGGACCUUCUCCUACUUUCCUGUCUUCCAUAUCACACAGUUGCCAUUGCAACCCAUCACUGGCCAUUUGGAAGCUUUAUGUGCAAGUCAGUCAGCUUCCUGAGUGCGAUGUGUACAGCCGCGAGCGCCUUUACGCUGGCCGCUUUGGCUUUUGCUCGGUACAUCAUCGUGGUUCAUAAGUCAAAAGCGUAUCGAUGGCGCAGAGAGGGGCGUUUAACAGUGAUUGCAGGUGUACUGUGGAUACCAGCUGUUGUCUUGGCAUCACCUCAGUUCGCUUGGAGGACGCUGAUUUCGGACAACCGUGAAGCUCGUGAAGACCUGGCAUGUUUUAAUUUCCUUUCGGACAAGAGCCAGUUGGCAUAUGGAGUGUGCCACUUCCUUCUGGCUUUUGCAUUUCCGCUUUUGAUCAUUGUAAUAGCCUAUGUCAAGAUAUACCAUUUCCUCAAAAUCACUAGGCGGGAUCGCACAACUCAGACUGACCGUUUGGAGCACUACCAUGUGCAUGUCACCAAGACGUCUGCUCUGUUAGUGCUGGCGUUUGCCUUGUGCUGGCUGCCUUCCUAUGGCUUGAUGUUCGCUCAAAUAGUUGAGGGUGACAAUGCGGUUGGUCCUUUACCUCACUUUGGACCUUUUGCUACAUUUGCUCGCAUCAUGGCAACGUCUUCUACAGUGGCCAACCCCAUUCUUUACGUUUUCAUGUCUGAGAAAUUCAGGAAGGAACUAAUGGAUCUGGUUCGAGGAGGCUGUGUAAACAGACCCUCCUAAAGCCAUAUAUGGGAUGCCGCAAUGACCUUUUAAGAGUUACCAAAUAACAUGAUUUAUUCCAUAAAAUAUGUUGUUUACAUACUUGAAUGACUGUGCAGUGGCAUUAACAAUAAGUGUUUUGAUUUUUAAACAAAUAUGUAGAACAUUUCCAUGAGUGAUGCCACAAUGACAAAUGGACACUAAGGAAUUUCGCACUACCUUUUGAGUUAGCAAUGGUUUUCUGGUAUUUCAAUGGAACAAUCUUUUCUGCAGAGCCUCAGAAAAUGUUAAAGA